AUGGAGUCUUCUAGAUUUUUGAGCAUCCUGGUCUUAUCUACCCUUCUAGUGAAUGUCCAGGGACCUGGUCUGACUGCCUGGAUCUUUCCCAGGAGAUGCCCCAGAAUCCGAGAGAAAUGUGAAUUCAGAGAAAGGGAUGUAUGUACAAAGGACAAACAGUGCCUGGACAACAAGAAGAAGUGUUGCAUCUUCAGCUGUGGAAAAAAAUGCUUAGACCUCCACCAAGAUAUAUGCACCAUGCCCAAAGAACCUGGCCCUUGCAUGGCAUUUUUUCCUCGUUGGUGGUACGAUAAGGAGAAGAAUACCUGCUCCAGGUUCAUCUAUGGUGGCUGCAAAGGAAACAACAACAAUUUCCAGUCCAAAGCCAUGUGCCAGAACAUGUGCCCCAGCAAUCAGAGGUGUCCCCGGACCAGAGUACCAUGUAGUUACAGAGAAAUCGACCAGUGCGCGAAGAACAAACCAUGCCCCGGGAAGAUGAAGUGUUGCAAUUUUAACUGUGGAAAGAAAUGUUUAGACUUCAAUGAAGGUGGUGACAUCGGUUGCCAUAAUGGCACUGGUGACCAGUCCAUCUAUGGGGAGAAAUUUGAUGAUGAAAAUUUCAUCUUGAAGCACAUGGGUCCUGGCAUCUUGUCCAUGGCAAAUGGUGGACCCAACACAAACAGUUCCCAGUUUUUCAUCUGUACUGCCAAGACUGAGUGGUUGGAUGGCAAGCAUGUGGUCUUUAGCAAGGUCAAAGAAGGCAUGAAUAUUGUGGAAGCCAUGGAGCACUUUGGGUCCAGGAAUGGGAAGACCAGCAAGAAGGUCACCAUUGCUGACUGUGGACAAAUCUAA